GGUUGGGUCUGAACAAGCGCACACACUCUCUCUCUCACCAUUCAUGGAGAUCUCUAAUCUCAAUCCCAACCCCAACCCCAACAACUCCAACUCCCCUUCAGUGCGCGUCCUAACCCGUCCGUCGCCACCAUUAUCAUCGUCUUCGUCUUCUUCAUCUUCAUCAUCAUCAUCAUCAUCUUCUUCUUCUUCUUCAAAUUCCCAACAAAGUUCGGCCAUUAAUGGCGGCGUGGUGGUGGUGGGUUUCAUCGGCCGAAGACGACCCUCCAUAACCACCCAUCUGAUAAACCGGAUUUUGGACUCCCACGUCUUCGGCAACAAUCUCGACACCAAGCUCAUCUCCGACAAACAAGAGGACUGGUUCAAGUGGAGGAGAAUCAGUUAUUUCCAUCAACGCCAAAUGGGCAUUCUCUUCUUGCACUUCUCUUCGGUUCUCUGCCCUGGAUUUGAUGAUGGGUUUGGUUCCGCCAUGGAAGACGACCACGACUUUGGGGAUCUCCAAGGCCUCUUGUUCAUGUUCUCUGUUUGCCAUGUUAUAAUACAUAUUCAGGAGGGGUCACGCUUUGAUACUCAACUGCUGAAGAAGUUUCGAGUAUUGCAAGCUGCCAAGCAUGCUUUGGCUCCAUUUGUGAGAUCCCAAGCAACAUCUGGAUUGCCAUCUAGGCCGCCUUCAUCGUCGUCCUCACGAUCAACCAAAUUGACACCUGCCUCGAAGAGUUCUUCUCCCGGUAGAGGUCGUAACAUAUUGACUCGUAACGUUUCUGUGGUGUCGCUAAUGCCAGGUUUAGGUUCAUACACCUCUUUGUUUCCGGGGCAGUGUACCCCAGUGAUGCUGUUUGUUUUUAUUGAUGAUUUCUGUGAUGUGCCAAAUCCCAGUUGUAAUGUUGAGGAGUCAACCAAUGCAUCCUUGCAUAGUCAGUCGUCUAGUUUGAGCGGCUUGACGAGGCCAAACUUGCCCGUUAAGGUUUCUGGUCCAGUAGUUGUGCUUGCGCGAUCCACGAGUAAAUCUGAGGGUGGCUUUAGGAAGAAAUUGCAAUCUUCUCUCGAAGCACAGGUUCGGUUUUUGAUCAAGAAAUGCAGGAUUCUUUCGGGUUUGGAAAUCAGUCAUGGUGGAUCGAGAAGUGGAGGUGUUUCUAGUUCUGCACCUUUGUUCUCACUUGAUUCAUCUCGCGCUGUUGUGUUGUUAGAUAGGUCGGCAAAUCAGAGAGGUGAAUCUCUCGAGUUUGCCACCGAACUUGUGGAAGAUGUUUUGAAUGGGAAAGCAACCUUGGAUUCUCUUUUGCUUGAAAUCCAUGGUCAGAUUGCUAACAAAGAGGAUAUCACAUCUGUUAAGGAGUUUAUCUUCAGACAAUGUGAUAUUCUGAGAGGGAAGGCGGCGUUAACUUCUAAUUCAAAUGGCUCGGCAGCUGGGGUCGGUAUGGCUGCUGCUGCUGCUGCGGCUGCUGCUGCCUCAGCUGCAUCUGGCAAAACAUUUACCACUCCCGAACUUCCAAAUCUUGAUGAUUGGUUAUCAUCUAGUCAACAAAUUCUUCAUGGAGUUCUUUCUGCCAAAGGUGGGUGCUUAGAGGAAAUUGAAAUUAGCAAGAGAAAACCUCGAUUAAGGAACCCACAGCCAUCAGAUGGUAUUACUUUGAAAAAUAUGGAUCCCCUAGAUGUGGCAGUCUCUUGGUUAGAAAGUGGUAAAGGAUUGAAUGCAAAAUUUUCGACUUUGUGGUGCGAAAGGACACUACCAGCUGCAAAGGAGGUUUAUCUAAAAGACUUGCCGGCUUGUUAUCCGACUUCACAGCAUGAAGCACAAUUGGAGAAGGCGUUGUGUGCAUUCCAGUCGAUGGUCAAGGGACCCGCAGUGCAAUAUUUUGCCAAAAAGUUAGAGGAUGAAUGCACGGCCAUCUGGGAAUCGGGCAGGCAGUUGUGUGAUGCAGUUAGUUUGACGGGAAAACCGUGCAUGCACCAGAGACAUGAUAUCCAGAGUGGUGAAGCGGUUUUGGGAGCUGCAGCGAAAUCACAUUGUAGUGGAUAUGUUUUUCUUCAUGCUUGUGCCAGUGGGCGUUCACGGAGAUUACGGCUUGAUCCUUUUGAUUUUGAAUCAGCUAACGUUACUUCUAAUUGCUUUCCAGACUGUGACAAGCUCCUUCCUGCGCUUCAAUUACCAAAGGUAACUGAUGUGGGGCCCGUUCAGCCUUCCUCGUGGAGUUUGAUUCGUGUUGGGGGUGCGAGGUAUUAUGAACCAUCAAAAGGCUUACUUCAGAGCGGGUUUUCCGCCACUCAGAAGUUUCUUUUCAAAUGGGAAAUAAUUACAGAGAAACAGAAAAGCCCAAAUGGUUUAACAGCAGCUUCCAUGCACCAAGAUUCUGCGAUUAAAUUAAGUGCAGAUCCCAAGUUUAAACAUAAAGCGAGUACAGAUAUAAGGAGCACUGCCGACAUGCAGUUGUACUCAGGGGAGGUACAUUUGGGAGUUGAGAAUCAAAGAAAACCCUCAGAGAAUGUGAUGUCUGAUGAUAAGAAAAUCAGUUUCGGCAAAGGUCUACCCAAUUUUACAAUGAGGAAGCCUUUUUCUGAAGUUGUUGCUGGUUCAGCUGCUGGGGACUCUGGAUUUCCUCCUCUCCAGCAGAGGAAGAAGCAUUUAUCAGGUUCAGAUGAGAGUGUUAAGCAUAACAGGACCGGAGAUCCGAGUGUGGAACAGACUGGUAAUAAUCAAGGAUCUCAAAGAUCCAAUGUUGCUUUAUCCGCUCCCGAUACCUUGAAUGGGAUCGAUUCUAAUAGUUUUAUGAAUGGAGAUCCCUAUCUACGUAUAGGUAGUAAUGUAGUUCCUGUUAACCAUAUUUCUGGUGAAAAAGUAAAAAAGAAUCCUUCUUUUAAACAUGCAACUGCAUAUGUGGGUUUUGAACAUGAGUGUCCCCAUGGCCAUCGUUUCCUACUAAAUCCUGAGCAUCUUGAUGAACUCGGAACAUCGUAUCAACUGCUUGAAGAAGCUCAGAUUCCUUCUUCUGUUGACACUUUGGAACAAAAACCCACAAAUCCUUCAAAACCGAGUAAUAACAGUCGCCGUGGUAAAGUUCAUCAAAUUUCUAGUAGAUUGAAUGCUGGUACUGCUGAUAAAGAUAGCAAAAUGGAUAAGUCAAAGGAGCAGAGUCAAAUAAGCAAAAUGGAUAAGUCAAAGGAGCAGAGUCAAAUAUCGUUUGGUAUACCGACACUCUACGAUUUCGUAAAUGACAUUCAAGGGAGCCUUGAUUUUAUCAAAAUUGAUGACGGUGGGCAGGCUUUCUCCAUGUUGAACAGAAAUUUACCAAUCUACAUGAACUGCCCGCACUGCAGGCAUUCCAAUAAUAAUAAAGAGCUACCAAAAGUAAAGUUUGCUGGCACAGUAUCGCAGCUGCAAAGGCUUUUUCUGGUCACACCACCCUUCCCGAUUGUAUUAGCAACAUGCCCAGUUAUACAAUUUGAGGCAUCUUGUCUACCUGCAUCGAUUCAAGAAUGCGAGCAAAAGCUACAAUUUAGUCUGGGAUGUGAAGUGGUUUUACCACCUGAAAGCUUCCUUACACUUAAGCUCCCAUUUGUUUAUGGUGUGGAAAUGGAGGAUAAAAGUCUACAUCCUCUUAAGUACUUUGAACAUCAACCAGAAGCUACUGCUUGGAUCUCUAAAGGGACAAUAUUGCAGGUUGUGACCAAAAGAAAUGGCGUUGGCCAAUAAGAAUCUCACUCAUAGUUAAAGUUAUCGAUAUUUGGAAAUUGGCCGGUACUAUGAUAUACAUUCCCUGUAUGUCCACAACGCAGUGAUAGUUGACCAACUCCAUGAAAAUGCAGGAAAUUUUCGUAUUGGGAAAGUACAUGAUGCAGCUUCAAGGAGCACACAUGAGCGGAUCUGAAACACUCGUUGGCCAGGAUCUGUAGAUUAUUGUCAAUCUGACGGACAAUAUGAGCAUGAAGCUCAAUUGAGCUGGGACACUGUAGCAGAACUACUGUUGCAUUUCCCAAAUAGCUUUCAGUGUGGCAAUCAGUGAUGAUUUUAUUUAUUUAUUUAUUUCGAGGUUUCCUUUCCUUGGCUGAUAAAAUGGCUUCUUUGUUGAACUGGAAAGUUAUGACUGAAAAUAUACACAUGGGGUUUCCGUUUACGGAUGAUACCGAUCGUGCAUAUGAUGACUGGUGAGUUUCAAAUGCAGGAUAGGAGCAUUUGAAAGUGCAGUUUAUGUCAGGUAUAUUUUGGACCUGGUAGCUUGCGUCUUCGGUCAGAGCUCUUCCAAGCAGUUUGGGAAAACCAAGUUGGACUGUUUUUCAAUGGGCAUUUUACUACUCGAUUUUGAAGAAAAGCGACUAAGGCCGAAGAGUGAGUUUGUGGGUUCCGCUAGAAAGAAAAGGCUACAGAGUCCAAGAACAGAAGAUCCAAAUGGAGUCCUUUAACUAAGAACGUUACUGGUUGAAAAUGCUAAAUUUUUUAGUAAUAUUGUUUUUUUUCCAAAUUUUAGGGGCACCUUUAAUUUGCCAAUU